GCGAUCACCAUCCUCGCGCCCUCUGACUCUGAGUACUGGGUCCAGAACCAGACGAACACCAUCACUUGGGACUACACUCCCGGUGACCCAAACCCGAUUGACAUCGUUGUGUCCAACACUCAAAACACGACGCUCAAUGGCAACUUCAGCAUUGCGCAAUAUGUCAACCUCACCACGCAGGUAAGCCCGACGAACGUGACUCUCGUCACCGGUGGUAACUACCAGGUGAGCUUCGUGGACCCCGCGAACGCGUCGGUUGUAUACGCGACGAGCGGCACGUUCUCCGUCGACGCUCCAGGCACGUCUGCUGCCCCGUCCGUCUCCCCGUCCAGCGUGAGCUCUUCCGCUUCAGGCUCCGCCGCGAGCAGCACCUCGCCCUCGUCCUCCGGCAGCAGUGCGAGUACGUCCAACUCUGCGAGCGCAGCCCCCGCUCAGCUAGGCAUGUCUGCCGGCGGUGUCAUGGGUGUGAUCGCCGCGUGCGGUGUCGCCUCAUUGUCCGCGCUCCUCCUAUGA